AUGAAUGAACUCGAGACGCACCACUCGAAGGCAGGCUACAUGAACAAUCGUUUACUCAACAAAGGUGCUGACGGCACGUAUGUGCUAAGUUUGGACAACGACAUGAAGCCGCGUCCGAAGUUUUUGCUUGCGGUGCUGUCGUUGGUCUUCUUGGAAGGCGAGGCCAUCGACGGUGGAGGACGCCAGUACAGAAACGAUAUUUUGCGGACCCAAGUGGCUUUCGUGCAGACUAUUCAGUACUUUGAUAGCAUGCCCCAGUCUGGUCGUGAUGGUUUCGACCCGGCAGCUUUUGUUGGUCAAAUGCUGUGUUCUAUCACCGAGCCUUUGACUCGAUCGGUGGCAGUCAUCACGGUGCUGUUUUCUGAGACAAUGGCUACUGCUAUCGACUGGAAGAAGCGUGACGGGAAGCGGUGGUGUGGGUUAUCUGGGGUCGAGCCCGUCAUUGCGGUGGAGGUGGAAGUAAUUAGCGAGUUCCAAGGUACGGCCAUUGCCGAGGUGAACCGUCGUCGCGGUCUCAUUAACAGCAGCGAUGCAGAUGACAUGCACACGGUCAUUAAGUGCGACGUACCCCUGCAAAACAUGUUUGGUUUCUCGACGGAUUUGCGGUCAUCCACUCAGGGCAAGGGCAAGUUCACGAUGGAGUACAAGACACAUGGCAUUGUCAUGCGUGACAUGCAGGAGAAGCUGAUGAGUGAGCACAAAAGGCGCAAGCGGCCAAGAAGAAGCAGAUGUCCGGGUGCUUGGAUUUUGCUCGCUACGACAUGUGCAUAG